CCAAGGACAGUAGUGAGGAUUUUACGCGUCUUGGAAUGUCCGGACUGUUUUAGAAUUGCUUAAUUAAAAAUAUAAAAACAGAAGAAAAGGUAUUAAAGAGAAACUUCUACAGUAAUUUAUGUAUUUUAAGAUGCUAGUGGAAACGUUGAGUUGAAUCAUUUUUUACGACAGCUCUACCAAUCAGUAGUUACGGCUCAUCCACUCUAUUUGUCUAGGCUACGAUCUGAGGAGUGAUGGACAUAGACAUUGAAGAGCAAGACCCCCUUGCUGUAGACCCUGUAGACAGAGAUGGGAGACAGAUGGGCGAUACGGCAGGUGAUGAUGAUGGGAACAGGAAGGUUGGAUGCUGCGAGAGGUUCCAUCGCUCCAUCUCCAAGUGGAUGCUUCCGGAAGAACUCCACGAACAGUACCGGGAGCGAGCCAACUGCUGCCCCCCUCCCAUCUUCAUCAUCCUCAUCAGCAUCGGAGAGUUAGCAGUGUUUAUCUACUAUGCGGUGUGGAAGCCCCAGAAGCAGUGGGUCACCCUGGGCGAGGGCAUCUGGAACAGCCCUCUCACUUACAAGUCUGACCGGCGGGAGGAGGCGUGGCGCUUUGUCUCCUACAUGUUUGUCCACGCUGGCGUGGAGCACAUCCUGGGCAACCUGGUGAUGCAGCUACUGCUGGGCAUCCCGCUGGAGCUGGUCCACAAAGGCUUUGAAGUGGGCAUGGUCUACAUGGCAGGCGUCCUAGCAGGCUCCCUGGCCAGCUCCAUAUUUGAUCCUCUCAGUGCUCUCGUAGGGGCCUCUGGGGGGGUAUAUGCCCUCAUAGGUGGAUACUUCAUGAACGCUGUUGUGAACUUCAGAGAGAUGAUUCCUCUCCUCGGAGUGUUUCGUAUUGGAGUGAUUGUGAUUAUCGUCGGGACAGAUGUCGGAUUCGCUCUUUACAGAAGGUUUCUUACUCACGACGUUGGCUUGAAGGUUUCGUUUGUGGCGCACAUCGGAGGAGGGGUGGCUGGGAUGACCAUUGGCUACGUGUUCUUCAGCGCCUACAACCAGAAGCUCCUGAAGGACCCGCGCUUCUGGCUCUGCAUAGUCGGCUACGUAGUCUUCCUCCUGUUCGCUGUGCUCUUCAACUUCUUCCUUUCCCCUGCAUAAUUUCACACUAUACAAAUUCAUGCGUUUUGAAUAACGGAUGUAAACCUCUACUGCAGGAGAGAAGAGAUUUUAAAUUGAAAGAGGGAUUCCUUGUUGAAGUGUAGUAUUUCACUCAGUGCAAAAUUAUCUUUGUUACAUGUUUUUUUUAGUGAUGUUGAUAAUGAAAUGCAUUAUUAAUUUGAUCUCUAGGUUUUGUACUGAACUCAAUAUACCUCAGUUAAUUGGUGUUACGGGUAUUUUUUUCCAUAUGAUGUUUGUCCUGAUUAGUCAGUGAGGUAGGACAUUAUUUCCCCAAGCAGGUCCUUUCCUCUAAGUUUUAGAUUGGCCUACAAGUGUGUGAGUUUAGGUGUGUUUUGGGGGAAUUUUCAAGCCAUCAGGAGCAAGUGUGUCAUCUGUUGGUUAACGGCGUGUCAAUUCGUAAACAAGCCAUGACAAUGGCCCAAUGCCAGGUUAUUGUUUCACUUCCCUGUUGACAGGAUGAGACACUGUCUGACAAUAGCACAUAUCAAUGUUAAUCUGCUCGCAUAUCCUUGGCUAAGCCUCUUUCAAGUAUAAUUUAUUGAAAGCAUGAUUUUAAUUUGUGUUUCUCUUUAGCUUUUGCCACUUGCCAGUAGUUUGAAUUUAUCAGUCAGUCUGUUAAUCCUUUGGUUGUUUAGGAUGUUUGUGUACAGUGGAACAGUAGAGGGCAGCACUUUCCAUUGUAUAUUAGGCAUUGUCUAUAUCAUUUCCAUUGUGCCACUGUGUAUUAGUCUACGUAACUGUUUAGUAUGACAGUCCAUGAGGAAAAUGAAAAGGUCAUUGAAAAGGCCUCAUCUUUAGGUCAUUUGUAUGGCAUAUUUUUAUUGGUGAUAUCUUCAAAUGUUUUUCCGAAACUUAUUUGUGGUGAUAUUGGUUAGUUGGUAUGUGAAACCAAAUGGCGGUUCAACAAAUCUCUAAGAAACCAAUACAUACUUUAGGUAUUUAUGUAAUUACAACUUGUACAAUGUACUUUCAAAGUACAUGUCAGGUAGAUAGCAUAACAUUCCAAUUGUAAAUUACUUGUUUUGUAUUUGAACCUCUUUUUUUAUCUCCAGACUCAAUCUUGUAUCUUUUCAUCACUUUUACAUUAAAUAAAUGUUAUUUUACAAUUUCAAAAUCCCUUCGGAUCUUAGAUCUGUGUUGACAAAGCCACGCAUAAUCCGAUCUCUGUGAAAAUGAUUGG